AUGAUUAUCUCUUCAAUGUACAAUCCAACUUAUGAGAAUGGGAUCCCAAUUUUCUACAACCAACCCUCCAAGAUCUGGAAGGAUAUUAUGUCCAUUGUUCAAACUGACGUUCACCACGUCUUCACGAAUCAUUGCAAAUUCAUGGUGGGGAAUGGUAGUUUAACAUCCUUUUGGCUAGACAACUGGAUUGGUGACUACCCUCUCAAAACAGCCUUCCCUAGGCUAUAUCUUUUGUCUUCCUCUAAAUCUGCUUUGGUGGCUGACAUGGGUAGAUGGAGCAAUGGAAUCUGGCUCUGGUCCUUACAAUGGCGCAGACCUCUAUUUCAUUUUGAACAAGAACAACUAUCACUUUUAUCAUCCUUGCUGGAAUCCAAGCCAAUGUUCUGCCACAAGAUGGAUAAGAAAAUAUGGACCCUCAACAGCGAUGGCCUCUUCAGUGUAAAAUCUUGCUCCAAAAUGAUGGACCAACUGCUCUACGGUGGUGCCAAACCAUUCCAAUCUUCUGUUUGGAUAAAACUAACCCCACCAAAAGUGCAACUUUUCCUUUGGCUUCUUGUCCAAGACAAAGUAACCACAAGAGAUUUUCUAUUUCAGCAUGACUACCUAACCCUUCAGGAGUCAAGAUGCGCUUUCUACAAUAAAAGCUUGGAAUCUUCAAGUCACCUCUUCAUUCACUGCCACUUCACUUGGAAUAUAUGGAUGAAACUGCUUUCUAAUCGGGGCUUUUGCAGUGUUUUUCCAAAAUCUGUUGAUGAUAUGUGCUACCAAUGGUCUUCUAUGGUUAAAGGCAAGUGGCAGAAUCUCUCAUGGCAGCUUCUUUUCUCAUGCGUUGUUUGGAAUCUUUGGCUUCACCGAAAUGAUGUUAUUUUCAAUGACGCUCCCCCUAACCUUCAAAUCUGUUUCUCCAUGGUGCGCCAAAGUAUUGCUUUAUGGCUGAGGCUUGAUUCCAACUCUUUAGAGCUUAAUAUAUAG